AUCUGUUCGGUUCUCUCUUCUGCUUCCCACCACUAAACAGAGUGAUAGACAGACUCUGUUUUUGCAGUUAAUCAUUUCGAACCAUUUUUGGAAGCUCAAAUUUCUAAUCAAUUUUGAAAAAUGGCGAAUACCCUUUGUUUCUCACCAGUAAAUGCCAUCAAAGCUCAAAACAAACCAGGAUUCUUAAUCAAUAACCCAAAUGCUCCUAAGGUGAUUCGGGAAAACAGUGACAUAUUCAGGAGCUCUCAGACAGCUAAACCUCACUUAAUUGUCGUUAAGGCCGAUGCUAAGGCUGAUGCUAAUCCAAGUCCAGCCGUGAAAGUAUCAAGCAUAGUUUGUAAAAAUUGUGAGGGAAAUGGUGCUGUGGCUUGCUCGCAGUGUGAAGGUAAUGGGGUGAAUUCUGUCGACCACUUUGACGGACGGUUCAAAGCAGGUGGCUUAUGUUGGCUUUGCAGAGGCAAAAAGGAGAUGCUAUGUGGGGACUGCAAUGGAGCUGGAUUUACAGGUGGUUUCAUGAGCACCUUUGAUGAAUAGAAGCAAUAAUGUGGAUUGAGUCUGAAGAAUGAGUUGCAGGCUCGGAAAAAGGCUUAGUGUAAGGUCUGAAAUAGGUUUAUGUAAUCGAUUUAUCUGAAACUUCUGAUACUUUAACGUUGUUAAGAUUAUUGAUUUUGCCAUAGUUUAUAUUGCAAUACACCCCACA